AUGACCGGACGAGUUAACACAACAAUGUCUUCAAAUAAAAGCAAAACUAAAGACAAACAAACAACUCGUAGUAGUCGUGCUGGUCUGACAUUUCCUGUUGGUCGAGUGCAUCGUUAUCUUAAACAAGGUUCUUAUGGAGAACGUAUUGGUGAAGGAGCACCAGUAUACUUAGCUGCUGUUCUCGAAUAUUUAACUGCUGAAAUACUUGAAUUAGCUGGAAAUGCCGCUCGAGAUAAUGAAAAAAAACGUAUUAUACCUCGACAUCUUCAAUUAGCAAUUCGAAACGAUGAAGAAUUAAAUAGACUACUCGACGGUGUAACUAUUGCACAAGGUGGCGUUUUACCUAAUAUUCGUACGGAGCUUUUACCAAGAAAAACAAAAGGCAAUGAAGAAAAUACUGGUAAUAUGGAAUCGCAACGAGGUGCACAAAAUCAUCCAGCUAUGAUGAUACAAUCAGCAGCACCGAUGACUAGUAAUAAUAUGAAAAAGAAAAGUAUGCCUCCUGUUAAGAAAAGUCUUGCACCUUCAAUAUCUCAAAAGAAAUCAAAUAAACCAAAACCGACUCCACCACAAAAGCCAUCACAACAACAGCAGCAAAAGAAUAACCGUGACGAGAAAGAAGAUGAAAAAGAAGAAGAAGAAGAAGAAGAAGAAGAAGAAGAAGAAGAAGAAGAAGAAGAAGAAGAAGAAGAAGAAGAAGAAGAAGAUGAUGAUGAUGAUGAUGACGACGACGAAUCCGAUGAGGAUGAUGACAUGACAGGCAAUGGUAACACAGUAACUAGUUCAAGUGCUUUAGCUACCACAACUGCUAUGGAUACAACAGCCGACGAUGACGAUGAAGAUUGA